CUAGGUCAUCUUCUGGCAUCAGUAUAAAUAUGCAUAACAACGGCACACCAGCUACACAGAGUAUUAAUUCAUCCCAUACACCCGAAUCAAAUGAAGUUGUUGAUAGCAAGAUCGCCCCUACGAGCGACGAUCACGAUCAAAGUAGCCUCAUACUGAAUAGUACGUUCAGUAGCUUCAACGAUGGUAACAAUAGCUUUGAUCCAUCACAAUUCCUCAAUUCAUACACGAAGGAUGAUUCAUACUCUUCUUUCGAACUGGACAAAUCUGUACUUAGCCCAAGUAGCUCCAAGCGUGACUUCAAUAAUACCUCGCUGAUGGCUAUCGGACCGAGCUCAAGCUCACAGAAGUUCGUCGAAAGAAAUCUUGAUCAGAAUGAGGAAGUCGUUUCAAAUGGUACCAAAGAUGGUGAUCUAUUAUGUGAUGAAAUACUCUUUGGAGAAGAGAACAAUGAAAAGAACAAUGAAAAGAAGAACAAUGAAGAAGAUGAUCAGAUCGAUAAGCAUGAGGUGAUUGAGAAUGACCAUGGUGAUAAACAUAUGAGCAAAGCGCAGAGGGAGCGUUCCAAGAUAUUCUCUAGCCUGGAUGCUGUCAAGAAACACAUGUCAAUUGAUUCCUUCAAUGACGAUGAUGAUAUGAAAGAUUCAAGUGAGACUUUCUUAGACACACUCUCAAAUUUCUCUUCACCACCACCACUGCUGGACUUAAGGCCACCUUCAUAUCACGAAGACCAAUUUAAUGAAUAUGAGUGUGAGCAAAACAAGCCUCAAGAGAGUCUCACAAAAAAGCCUGAAGACCACUUCUCCGACAUUAUCCCUACAUCAAGUCACCCAAGCCAAGACAGCUUCAAUAAAUUGAUUACUUCUGAAAUUUUCGUAGAUGCAAAAUCUGAUGUUGAAUCUGACAAGAGCAAACAAGUAGAGGAAGAUGUAGGGCAUGAGCAUGAAUUGAAGAAGGACAGUGAGAGUAUUAUUCGCGACUCGAUGUCAAUUUACGAUGAAGACGAGAUGUCUGCUUUGCAGCAGAAAAUAGAAGCCAUGGCACAAAAACUAGAGGAGAUGCGACAAUCUGAAUUACCAGAACCAUUGCAACCAUCAUCAUCGAAGGAAGCUCUUCCACCAUCUUUCUCAUUCCAGCUGGAUCCUGAGGAACAUCCUGAAUUGCAAGAUGAUGUUGAGUUCAUUGAAGAAGAGCCACUUCCACAAGACAUAGCAUUGCCUGAAGUUCAACCUGAUGAGAUUGCCCUACCGGAAUCACCAGUUGAUGACACAGAUAGUAGUGAGAAGGGCGAGAUACCAAGAACAAGAUCAUUCGUGGGACAUCAUGCAAAAACAAGCAGUGUUAAUGGUUCUAUUGAGGAGCACAUCCAAACAUCAUCUAGCUUCCAUGUCACUAACGCUUCUCAAUCUUCUCGCUCUUCCCAAGAGGAAGAAGAAGAAGACAAUCGUAUAAUAAAAAUAUCACCAGAGUCGCGGAAGAAUCUUCAAACUCAACUUCGUAGGUUGUCUAAAGAACCACCCAAGACAGUCAUUCCAAGUGAAGCUCCGAAACCAAAACCAAAACCAGCUCAAGCUAGUCCAAAGAAAAUUGAAAUGUCUGCAUCUAGAACUAGUUUCAAGGAUUGGAUGCCGACCCCACUGUCUCCAAAAAUAACUGAGGAAGUUGAGCCAACAGAUGAAUCAGCGAAAGAGCUUGGUGACGUUCAAAAGCGCCCAGGAUUGAGAGAAUCCGAUCUCAAUGUAGAUAGGGAGGAACCUAAAAUGAUUCAUCCACCUCGUUAUUCUUCCUACAAAGCUAGCGGAAUGCGACCAUUGCAAGGACAACUUCAGGAGAAGAAGCAAAAUGAUCGCCGUAUGCGUGACACUUGGUUGAAACCUCCGGAGGGACUUUCACCUACCCCAAGAACGACAUUUGACAAGAGCCGUAGAAUUAGUCAACAACCAAUUGAUAAUAGAACUUUACCUAAGAGAUAUUCAAGUAAGGCCGCAAAGAGUAAUAUUUCAUUCCAAAGUUCGAUCGAAAAUGAGUUUGACAGUAUUAUAUCUGAUCCAACUGGUGAUAAGCGUCGCAGUGAGCUUGAAAAUCAACAGCAGAAAGCUAAGGCGGCAAUGGAGGCUGUUUGGAAAGCAGCUAGAUCAUCAAGUGUUCCACCUGUAGAGCAAUACGCUAUUAGUUCAAAGCAAAGGAAGUCUCUGAUACUUCCACAGAAGAAGUUGUCUGCAAAUUUGCCUUACUCAGCGCCAGCUAUUAAGACUUCCUUCGCAAGUGGGUUGGAGGGUGUAAGAUCCCGUGAUUCCCAGCCUGGUGUACCGGCGUUGCCAUCAAUGAGAUCUUUCAGGCAAUCAAUAGAGACACCACAAUACAAUCCUCGCCUUUCUGACCAACGUAUUAAGACAACUGUCGAGCAUUCAUUCGGUACACCAUCUAAAUCAACGCAAUCAUUACCAAAGUCUAGAAAAUCGCGUCCAAUUAGACUUGAUCAAUUGGGUACACCACAAUCGAAAUCCUACAGUCAUGUGAAUGCGAUUCCUAUUUCAACACCACCGUUGACUCCAGGUACGGCCUCAACUAUUAGCGGAUACGAUAAUAUUAUGACGCCACGUUCAUUUACUCAUAAACCUAACGUUUCAGCUUCAUCUAUGGACUCAAUGUCAGCUCAAAGUACAAGCUCGGACAAUCAUCAGAGCUAUGGUGUUCAAUCGUUCAAAAAGAAUAAUUUAAAUGCCCCUUUCCUCCAACAUAGCUCUUCAGCUUAUAGUUUAAAACAAGAUUCUGGUAUCGGAUAUGCUAUCUAAGGAGAGACGUAAAACACGUAUAUUUCGUAGUAUUCUUUCACUUUAACGACAUUAUUAUUUAUUUAAUUGUAUAAUUGCUGCAUUACUAUCAUUAAUCGUUACUUAAUCAUAGAAAGUAAAGUUAUUGAGAUUUCUUUUCUUUGGCUGUCGGUUGCUUAGCUGCUCUAUCGAUAAGGACUUUUUGAGAGUUUGAAUCAUCAUCAUCUUCGUAGAUAG